CGCGGCGUGGGCGGGCCCAGCGGAGGCAGGAAGCGGCGGCGGCGGCGCGGGGGCUUUUCCUGCCCGCGGCCCCGAGCGGAGCGGAGCGGGGCGGGCGGACCCGCCGGGCCGCGGAGAUGACCACGCUGACGCACCGGGGCCGGCGCGCCGAGGGCAAGGAGAGGAAGGGGGAGGGCGAGGAGGAGCCCGAGCUGAACGAGGAGGAGCCCGACGACUCCAAGGACAUCCGGCUGACCCUGAUGGAGGAGGUGCUGCUGCUGGGGCUGAAGGACAAGGAGGGCUACACGUCCUUCUGGAACGACUGCAUCUCCUCGGGGCUGCGCGGGGGGAUCCUGAUCGAGCUGGCCCUGCGCGGCCGCAUCCGCCUGGAGCCCCUGGCCCUGAGGAGGAGGAGGCUGCUGGAGAGGAAGGUGCUGCUGAAGUCGGACGCCCCCACGGGGGAUGUGCUGCUGGAUGAGACCCUCAGGCACAUCAAGGCCACGGAGCCAGCAGAGACGGUGCAGACCUGGAUAGAGCUGCUCACUGGAGAGACCUGGAACCCCUUCAAGCUGCAGUACCAGCUGCGCAACGUGCGGGAGCGGCUGGCCAAGGCGCUGGUGGAGAAGGGCAUCCUGACCACGGAGAAGCAGAACUUCCUGCUCUUCGACAUGACCACGCACCCGGUGAGCAACGCCUCCGAGAAGCAGCGCCUGCUGAGGCGGCUCCAGGAGAGCGUCCUGGAGCGCUGGGUCAACGAGCCCCAGCGCAUGGAGCGCCGGACUCUGGCCCUGCUGGUGCUGGCCCACGCCUCCGACGUGCUGGAGAACGUUUUCGCCAGCCUGGCCGACGACAAGUACGACCUGGCCAUGAACAGGACCAAGGACCUGCUGGAUAUGGACCCCGAGGUGGAGGCGGCCAAAGGAAAGGGCACCGAGAUGAUCUGGGCCGUGCUGGCCGCCUUCAAUAAGUCCUAGAAGUCCUCCUUGGUGGGUCCCCGUGCUGGGGUCGCACCCUGGGGUCUCCCCAGAGGGACCUGGAGCUGCAAGGUGCCAAGGCAAGGGGCACUGGGAUGAUCUGGGCCGUGCUGGUGGCCUUCAGUGAAACACUUCUCACGUGGCAUGGGGAGAUCCUUGGUGGGGCCCAUCACGGGGACCUCACACCCCAGCUGGGGUCACACCCUGGGGGCUCCCCAGAGGGACCUGGAGCUGAUCUGGUGACCUGGGCCGUGCUGGUGGCCUUCAGGAGGUCCCAAACCCCUCACACGGGGUGGAGGAGACCCUUGGUGGGUCCCAUCAAGGAGAGCCCUCUCCCCAUGGGGACCUGCAGCUCCUGAGGCACAGGCAUGGAGAUGAUCUGGGCUCUGCUGGUGGCCUUCACUAAGUCCUGAACUCCUCCUCACGUGGUGUGGGGAAGACCCUUGAUGGGUCCCAUCCUGAGGUGCCACCUGGGGUCCCACCCUGGGGUCCCCCCAGAGGGACCUGGAGCUGGAAGGUGCCAAAGCAAGGGGCACAGAGAUGAUCUGGGCCGUGCUGGUGCCCUUCAAGGAGUCCUGAACUCCUCACACGGGGUGCAGGUGACCCUUGGUGGGUCCCAUCAAGGAGAACCCUCUCCCCGUGGGCACCUGCAGCCCCCGGGGCACUGGCUGGGCUCAGCCUGGGGAGGGACCAGGGGAUUUUUGCUUUUCCCCUCCCCAGGUGGGUGAGAACCCCCCAGCAGCCCCAGCACAGCCCCGUGGUGCCUCCAGGAGAGGUGGCAGCAGCUCCUUGGGCAUUUCCUUCUGAGGCCAGUGCAGAGCCGGGGGUGGCACGGAUGGGGGUGGCAGUGCCAGGGCUGGCACAGCCCAGGAGCUGCUCCAAGAGGCCAAACCUGGCACAGCCGCAGCUCCUGGGCGCUCUGGGGGUGCCCCUGAGCAGCUCACACCUUCCUUGGGUGGGUUUGGGGGUGUUGGGCACCCAGAGCCCCCCGGGCUGUGACCCCCGUGGCUCAGCUGCUGUUUCUAGUAAGAAAAACCAAGUGAAACUGUGAUUAUUUUUGUUCACAACCCCUUCCUCCCCCACUUUAUUCUCCUGCAGUCCAGUUAAAAUUUGGAUCUUUCUCCGA